AUGGAGGACUACGACAGGUUUGUGCAGCGUUGUGUCUCCCAGCUGAGGAAAAGUGAGGAGGAGCAGGAACACAGCGCACCUUCACCUCCAUCCUCUCUCAUCCGUGUCUAUGGACGGCCCAUCCUUCCUCCCCUGCUCUCAGAGGAGCAGAGAGAGGAGAUGCAGCAACACAGAGAUGCAGCACAGAAAGCUGCUGGACACAUAAAGUUGAAAGAUGAAUCAAGAAUGGCCUUUGUACAAACCAUACUGCACAGUGUACAGCUGAGGAAGACACCAACACUGGAGGAGUUGCUUCAGGAGUCAGAGAACACAAAAUCCUUAUACUCCCGCAACACCAGUAGUGGAUCAGUGUCACAGAGUAAUUUUUUUAGCGUUACAAAGGAUAGUCUGUUGCUCUCGCCACCCCCUUUAAGGCAAGGAAAGGAUGAGUUUUCUCUUCUUCCAGCGACAUCAACGAUGUAUAGUGCCUUUUUCACUUCUGAUGUGAUACCUCAGCAAAGUUACCAUGAGGGAUGCCUUGUUGACCAACAUGACAGCCAAAAGGGAUCACAGCCAAGCUCCCUUAAUGAUGUGAGCCACCAGUCACUAUCCUCAGGUUAUAUGACCUACGAGAAUGUUGAUAACACCAUCGGUGUCUCUGGAAUGAUUGAUGCAGGGAGCGAGAGCCAUGUCUUUGGCUCCUCAGAGGGAGGUCAUAGUAUGAGUGGCUUUUUCCUUCACAGCACCUCACAUACAAUUGCCAAGAUGCCAGAAAUUAUUAGCCACCCUCCCAUAGAUGGAGAGGAAUUAGAGAAGAGUGGACUGGAGCCAUUGUUUUGUAAUAACUUCACAGCAGUAAAAGACAUUUGUUGCACCUCAUUCCAGGAGGAUUCAGUCAAAUGUAACCAUUUACCAGCAGAAAAAUCUGAAAGCAGCCAUGUGGACAGCACAGAGAGUGGAGAUAACCGUCACUCUACUACAGUACUUGACCUUAACAAAGAUCACAUUUUGGACAUAAGUGAGGACCCAGUCUCUUCAUCAGACAACACUGGCUUUUCAGAUAAUCCAGAAUUAUCAGAGACAUUAAGCACUCGUCACUGUCCAACAACAGGACUGCAUAGUCAGCACGAACCCACUGAAACAGAACCAGCAGACAACCAUGUAGAUGAAGCAAAGCUAUCUGAGGAGCCUUAUCGUCUGAGCCUCCAGGCCUUGCUGAAGAAAUCUCAGGAGUAUCGGCGCCACCAGCGGAUGCUCAGGAACCAAGCCAAAAACACUAAAAUCCAGCAGAGGACUCAAGAACAGCCAAGAGCAAGGGCAGAGGAGCAGAGCCUCUCUGAUAAGGAGAAUGACGAGUCCCCUUACAGGGCUACUGUGACUGGUGAAGGGAAGAAAACUAAAGAGAAGAGAGACACUUUUACUCUGACAGUGGAAACUUCAUUAAAGAAAUCCUGGGAAAAUGAGAAGAUGAUUGAAAGUGAGUUCAUGGGGAAGAAGACUGAUGUUAAAUCCGAAAUCCCUCUUUUUACAGGGGAUGGGAAUUCUAAGGAAAUGACUAGAGUUGAGGAAGAAACAACUUUCAAAAAUAAUAAGCUGAACAGUUCAAAAGAGGUCAUAAUGGAGCCUAAACAAAUCAGUGCCUUCAUCCAGCAACAGCCUGUGUCAACAGAAGCCUCCCCAGUCCAGGAAGCCAUUCACUUGACCAAUGAGCUGAGUGUCACCUGUUCCAAAAGUAAUUUUAAAGGAGUAGGGAAAUAUCACACUAUCCCGGCCCCUAAUUUCUGUACGAGUCCUGUUCAUUGCAAAAGCAAAGUCAGAAAUGGAGAACCUGUCGAUGCGUCCAAUACCUCAAAGGGGAAAAUUGUGUUCAAUACUGGCUUGAAUGAAGGUCUCAGUGCUGAUGGAGAAAGUAACCUGGGACAUCAAAACAGUCCCACAGCAGUUCCUUCCACUGUGAAUCUCACGAUUGAAGGCAAUGUUACAAAUGUUUUAGCCAAGAGUUCAGCGCACAUAGAUCAGCUUGAGUCAAACCUGUCCAGUCUAAAAGUUCUGAUCUCAGAUCUGGAGUCCACCGUAAAAGAAAACUUGGAGGAUCACAGCCAAACUGACAGCAACACGCCAAGUGAGUUCAGAGUUCAAGGUAUUGCGCAUUCUGAGCAAAAUAGAAAUGAUCAAUAUGUGCAGCUAUGUCAAAAUGAUUGUUUUGAUUGGGAGUACAAUCUGAGGGAUGAUGAUGUUGAUGCAAGUGAUGCAGAAUAUAGGGAGUGGCCAAGAACACAAUCAUUCAACAAUAGCCAAAAAGUGCAUGAAGAUACAGGACCUGAAUCAGUCUUCAGUGAUGCGGAUGAUGUUCUUAUCAUGCAGGAAAAGGGAACAGAGGAAAUUAAUUUGAAAGAGAUCAAGCUAAUCAAAACCUUAGUUUCAGAGAAAGUCAAGGAAAAAGGAACAAGUAAAAAAGGACUUGCGCAGAGUUUUGGACUGCAUGGCAGCUGUAGAGUGCAGCAGCCACCAGCUAAAUGUAUCCUGUCUGUAGCACAGCAGAUGCGUAUUCCUGAGGCAUUCAGAAAUGUUCCAUCUAAAACGAUGGCUCAGUGUAACUUGUCAGUGCUUUCGGAUACCAGUAACCAUCCAGUGGAAAGGAGGAAUGAGAUGGCUGUGGAAGGUCAUGACUCUACUCACUCGCCAUCUCUCAACCAGUCCUAUGAUGUGGACACACCAUCUGGCCUGUGGCUCCUCGAGGGGCCAGGGUCCGACUUGGGCUUGAAAGGUCACCUUGAUCAGGAGAAGCACCUGACCCCAGAGAGUGGGGGUGAAGGUCAGGGUGGUGUAUCCAAGGUCAAACGGAGACUGCUCAUGCACACAACAGAAGAGACCCGCGAAACGAGUGCUGAUACCAGCAGAGGAGCAGGUUGUGUGGUCAGACCCAGUUCCAGCACUCCCAGAGCUGCAGUGAGGUGGUACGAAGGCCAUGGCAGUCAAAAGAACAAGCAAGAAGAACUGAAACAGGCCCAUGCUGCUCAGGUUAGAGCCCUGCAAGAUGAGCACAGGAGACAACAGGAAGAACUACUACAGGCAUUAGCGGUGCGUUACCAUCUCCUCCAGAGCAUGUCCUUCCCCUGCUCCAUGUCAACCUCACGUCUCAGGGACACGCUGACCUUUUCUACCCUCUCUCAGCCCUCCAGCCCACUGUCAGAGCACUGCCGCCCCCUGCUGUCGGCAGCCGUGAGAGGCUUUCUAACUCGCAGGCUGCUGAGGACGGAGAGAGUGGCGCAGCUGGUGCGCACCAUCAGGGACACACAGCAGUUCUUGCAUGCCUUCCAGCAGCAGAGUCCCGGCAGAGGAGAGUCCUGUAGCAGACAGGACCUCUUAUUGCAAGAGAGAGUCACUCUGCAGCUGCGUGCUGCACGUUAUGAGGUCUACGACAUAUUCUUCAGCCUGUCAGCCGGAGAGAGGAUGCAGCUCAUCAGCUGGGACAGAGAGCUUGCACGGGAGAGAGAGCUCAGACGACAGAGUGGACACACAGGCCAGCCCAGUGGAAAGAGUUCUCUGUCAGCAGCAACACAAAAGUCACUGGAGAGGAAGAGAGGAAUGAUGAUCCAGAAAAAGGCAGAAAGGCAUAGGGGGGCUGCAACAAGGACUGGACAUAAGACUGGAUUCUCUGCUGAGCAGUCGCUGGAAACCAAACGAGGACAGUUCAGAGCAAAUCCUCAGAGGGUUCCCAAGAGCACUUACUCCACCAGACCCCGAUGACACUUUCCUAAUUGGCCCCAGUGAGGACUCCUAAUAAGGCCUCUAGCGAUUACAUGAAUAUUGUAUAACUAAUCAUCUGAGAAUUUCCAAAUCCAAAAUCCAAAUUUGACACAAAGUGAAGCCUGUUGCUUACUAACAUAUUUUUGUAUUUCAUAUCCGGAGUUCUGGGGAAUGUUUUUUCACCCUCUUCAAGCAGGGUAUAAAUUAUUAUAGUGACUACAGCUCAUAAAACUUCACGGUAACCGCUGUCUGCAAUAGAAAUUCUUUACCAGUCCUUUUCAGUGUAUUCAUGUUGAAUAUGUUACUGGGAAAAAUGUUUUGCUGGCAAAAACACUUUGGAAUCCUUUGGCAGCAUCUUCACAGCUCUGCACUGCACCUGAAAAAUGAUCUGUAAACUUUUUUUUUUCACAGCAGACAUAGGAAACGCACAAGUUCAGUCAUGAAUGAUAUCGAUGAUAGCUCCAUUCCAGUGGCCAGUGGUUCCCAACCUGGGGAUCAGGAGGUAGAGCUUGUGAGAUAAUUAGCACUGAAAAGCAGCAGCAACAUAUUUGUGCAACACUAGAUUAUAGAUUUUUUUUGUUGUAAUUUGAGUAUUUUUCAAUUCAAUUACUGGACCAAGCUUCUAAAAAAAUUCUCAGAAAAGUCAUUGUGUUAUGGAAAAAGUACUCAUUGGCUAAUUGUUUACUUGUAUACUUGCAACAUGUGAAGUAGCUCAGCCAACUUGGAGUGCAACUAUGAUUAAGGUUAAUAAUUACAUCUGUGCCUAUCACGUUACAGUAUGUCAAAAUUUCCACCCCUAAAAACCUUUAUUGACCAGUUAAUUACUUGAAUGUGCAUUUCAGUGUUUUUCCAGUUGCCCAAUGUUAAACCUCUGCUUUGUAGGCUGGACUCACAUUUAAUUAUCCAGUUCCUUUGUAUUUAUGUGCCUGAUUAAUCGCCACCAAAAACAGACCAUCUUCAGAUGUAUUAGCACACAACUCACUCAGUAUGACAUUUAUAGUAUUUUGUACCCGCACAUGUCCAAAUGUUAAUAUCCAGCUUGAUGUUGGUGUUGAUGCUAACACUUUAAUAGUGUUUUACUACCAAGUGUUGCCUUAAAUACUUGUCCUAGAGUAUAUGGAUUACAUAUUAGCCAAAACACACAUGAACCUUUGCUAUUUUUUUUAUUCUUAAGGAUUUUGGAUCUGUUUUAUUUGUUAUUUAUUUCUAUGUGGCUGGCAAUAAAUGUUUCUUAAUA